GUUAGUUCUUUCUGGAUGUUGGACACCUCCAAGGUGAUCCUCUCUGGAAUCAUAGGAUUAACAACUUGGAAACGGCCUAUGAUACUGCUGGUGAACCUCUUUGUGCUGCUCUCUGUGGUGUGUGUCCUCUUAAAUCUAGCUGGAUUUAUUCUCGGCUGCCAAGGGGCCCAGUUUGUGUCCAGCGUGCCCCGGUGUGAUCUGGUGGACUUAGGCGAAGGCAAGAUUUGCUUCUGUUGCGAAGAAUUUCAACCAGCCAAAUGCACAGACAAAGAAAAUGCCUUGAAACUCUUUCCGGUUCAGCCUUGUAAUGCUGUUCACCUGCUACUCAAGAAAGUUCUUUUCGCCCUGUGUGCCUUGAACGCCCUGACCACCACCGUCUGCUUGGUGGCAGCUGCCCUUCGCUACCUCCAGAUAUUUGCAGCCCGAAGAUCCUGCAUCGAUGAGUCCCAGAUUUCUGUCGAAGAGGUGGAAGAACAUGGACGGAUCCCAGACCCCGAUGAUUUCGUGCCGCCAGUGCCCCCGCCUUCAUACUUCGCCACAUUUUACUCGUGUACACCCCGGAUGAACCGCAGGAUGGUCGGUCCUGAUGUUAUUCCACUCCCACAUAUCUACGGAGCGCGAAUCAAAGGUGUGGAAGUGUUCUGUCCUUUGGACCCCCCGCCUCCCUAUGAGGCUGUGGUGAGCCAGACGGACCAGGAGCAGGGAUCUUCAUUCCACAUGCCAGAAGGAUCAGAAGGUGCCAUGAGCCCCUUGGAGCCAAUCUGCAUGCCAGUGACUCGAGAAUCAGGUGGGGACAGUCCUAACAUACCUGGAGAAGAAAGUGGAUCCAUGUCAGCGCCCGAUGCAAACCAGCUGCGUCCUGCGGGAAGCCGGAGAGCCCCGCCGCAGCUGAGGGCGAGAUCCAGGAGCGACCCUGUGCUCCAUCAUUCCGCGGAGAGAGCUGCCCCGGUGCUCAGCUGUGAAGCUGCCACGCAGACAGAGGGAAGACCGCAGCUGGCCACAGUGACUUUGAGGAGAGGUCUGAGAUGCAGAGCCUCGCGAUGCCGGCCUCGGUCCCUGAUAGAUUACAAGUCCUACAUGGACACCAAGCUGCUGGUGGCCAGGUUCCUGGAGCAGUCCUCCUGCAGUAUGACCCCGGACAUCCAUGAGCUCGUCGAGAACAUUAAAUCUGUUCUGAAGUCUGACGAGGAGCACAUGGAGGAGGCCAUCACGAGUGCCAGUUUCCUCGAACAGAUCAUGGCCCCGUUGCAGCCCAGCACUUCCAGGGCCCACGUGCCACCCUCCCGGAGACAGCCUGGACUCUUGCACCUGCAGAGCUGCGGGGACCUCAGCACCUUCGUCCCGGCGGGGAGGCCGAGAGCCCAGAGGAGGCCCCGGCGAGCGGAGGCCGAGCGGCCCCACAGCCUCAUCGGCGUCAUCCGGGAGACUGUCCUGUGAACCUGUGAGGCCAGGCCCCCGGGGGGGGCAGGACGGAAGAUGGACCCGGAAGGAGGAAUGAUCCCCAACCACGGGGUCCCCUGGCUGGGAGUUGGCGCGCCCUCCGGGAACUCCUUAAAAGGGGGGGGCAUGCUGGAGGACAUUUGUCCCCCCUCUCCGGCACCUCGUUCUGCUGACUGAGCGCAUUCAGGGGUGGACAGGCAGGUUCUUCCGGGCACUUUUGGCUUUUGGAUGCACAGAUCUGGAGGCCUCUGCCAGGUCACCUGGGCAGAAAGUGGGCUAGUGAUUCUUUGCCCACCUCACGCCCCGUGGCUCUCUUCCUCGCUGCGUGCCUCCCUCAGUGGAAGGACAGAUCUGCUGGGCCGCUCUUGAUAGCUCCCGCAGCCUUUCGCUGCUCCCUGGGAGAGCAGUGGGCACAGAGGCAGGACGAUUAACCCCCAUGUUUUCUGCACUUGUCAAGCUUCAUUUUAGGUCACCCUCAAAUCACAGUCUCUUUAGGAAAAACGGGGAACUCAUUCAGUGAAAAUCGUAACGAAAGACGUUUGGGAGAGGGUCUUGUUGAUUCCAUUUACUCGUGCUUGCGAAACUAGAGAUGGAUAAGGCCUGGCGGAGAAUAAAAAUGAGUACUUUGGACCUC